AAUUCUCUACUUACACCAGUUCCACCUACGGACAGGUGUCUUGAAUGAAGGAUGGCGGUAUCCUCGACGGCAACCGGGCUGGACACCAACCCACUCAUGGCAGCUUACAAACGGCGCCGUGAUACCUCCCGGCUCGGCGUCGCAUCGAAAUACGAAUCUCAAGGCUUCAUCUCCUCCGGUACAUAUGGCAAAGUAUACAAGGUCCUUCUUCUCCCUCAAGCAGUCGCUGCUCCAAGACCCGGUGAUUUGAAGGGCGAGGCUGGCGCUUUCUAUGCUGUCAAGAAGUUCAAACCGGAGAAGGAGGGUGGGGAGGGAUAUACAGGUCUGAGCCAGAGCGCUUGCCGGGAGAUCGCGUUGAAUCGAGAGAUUGGGCACGAGAAUGUGAUUGCGCUGAGGGAAGUCAUCUUAGAGAUGAAGGCCGUGUUCAUGGUGUUCGAGUACGCGGAGCAUGACUUUCUGCAAGUGAUCCACUUUCACAGCACCUCCCAUCCACGAUCCGUUCUACCUCUUGGUGUGCUCAAAUCACUCCUGUACCAAUUGCUCAACGGCGUCGCAUACCUUCACUCUAAUUUCAUCAUGCACCGUGAUCUCAAGCCGGCGAACAUCCUCAUCACAGACGAUGGUAUCGUCAAAAUCGGAGACCUGGGCUUGGCGAGGGUGUUUCACCGCCCGCUUGUCCCACUCUUGAAUGGAGACAAGGUAGUGGUGACGAUAUGGUAUCGUGCACCGGAGUUGCUACUGGGAGCGAAACAUUAUACGACAGCGAUUGACAUGUGGGCCGUUGGGUGCAUUUUUGCUGAACUCCUCUCCCUAAGACCUAUCUUCAAAGGCGACGAAGCAAAGAUGGACGCAUCCAAGAAGCUCCCUUUCCAAAAAGACCAGAUGAUGAAAAUCAUGGACGUCCUCGGUGCACCCACAGUUGACGAAUGGCCCCUUCUCUCCUGGAUGCCUGAUUACCCGCAACUGCAAGCCAUGGAGCGAGAGCGCGCACGGCAAGAUCCCUCCAAGCCGCGAUUCGAGAAUAACAUGGGGAUAUUCCUGAAUCGGUAUAUGCGUUCGAUGGACACUGGACGAGCGGCGCUGCAAGAGCUGUUCACCUGGGACCCAGAUAAACGACUCACCGCUGCGGACGCUCUAAACCACCCGUUCUUCACGACCGACGCGCCUGCACCGACAAAGAACGCUUUUGCAUACGCGACAAAGCCUUACCCAACUAGGCGUAUCACAGCGGACGAAGGCGGGUUAUUCGCAGAACCAGCGGCACACGCCCCACCUGCACAAACAGCGAAUACGAGCGCUACUUCCCAGAGACCUGCUGCCCCGCCGGCGCCGCUCGCUGGCCAGCCCCAGGCAAGUACCACUUUGGUUGGGACGAGCGCUGUGGGUCUUCCGGGCGCUAGGAUGUGGACCACUCAACAGCAAGCGCAACAGCAGCAGCAGCAACAACAACAACAACAACAACAACGGGGGAUGGCGCGGAAACGACCGAGAAUUGCUUAGGGUUGGAGUUGAGGUGAGUUGUCUCGGAACGAGGUGAUCAUUCUAUAUUGGGUUCUGUGCCAGUCUGUCACC